ACGUGGACCAAACCAUAUGCGGACAUAUAAAUUCAGUUCGCACAACAAGUCCGUCGUCGUUUUGGACAAAGGACAUGUUGAGUAUUAGGGAAAAAUACAAGAUAAAAAAUGGGGGGUUUGGGAAAGGAUUGUUACGAGAAGGAUAUAUGGAGGAUAUACUUUCAGGCAAUGUUUCAUUAAAAGGGGACGGAUCAGGGGCACAUGUGACAGAUGUUAAAGGGGUUGGUGUCCAUGUCAAAGACAUAGAUAGGGGAGUAGCUGAUGAGGGUUCUGUCAAGUCGGAUGAUAACGGCAAAAUUCAACCAGAGUCAUUUGAGGAACAUAUUGGAUUAAUCAAACAGUUGACGGACGAGACAUUGAGGACGAAAGCAUCGUUAGAUAAAAAGUUGGAUGAAGCAUGUUUAAAAUAUCCAAACAACGAGAAUGUCAUAAAGCUUGUUAGGCAGUAUGACAAAGCGUUUAGCGGCGAACAUAAGAUGUCAAAACUGAUAACUGUUACAGGUACAGCUGAUGGUAACAAAAAAGACAAAGAGUACACCAUGACGGGUCAUGUGGAAGGAGUGAAAGGAUCGAUGGAAGGGGCGGGUAAGCUGGCAGAAACAUUGACGGAUGCGGACAGAGGUGUCGUUGACGAACAAGGGGAGGGAAAACCGCAUGAUGAAAAGGAAGUGGAUUUUUCGAUACCAAGUUUCAUGUUGUUAUCACAAAGUUCACAAAGCUCGCCAAGUCUAGAAGCCGAAUCAAGUGUGCAUGGGAAUGCUAUUGAAAUGAAUGAACCGCUGAACGACGAUGAGAAACUGAUAUGGCAAUACUUGUUGACGGUUAUGGACGAUAAACGAUGGGGAGAAAGUAAUAAAAAAAGGCGAUAAAAAGAAUGAUGACGAGGAGAUAGACGUCCAAGAUGAGUUGACGGAGGUGAAGUGGACAUUCAAGUAAGUUACAUAUGCAUUACGAUGACGAGGAGAUAGACGUCCAAGAUGAGUUGACGGAGGUGAAGUGGACAUUCAAAUCGUUUUGGAUAAACACACUUGAAGAAGGAAAGUGGGUCUCUCAGAACGUAAUAGAUUGCUAGGCUGCACUGUUGAACUAUACGGAAAAGAAAGAAAAACCCUCAGGAAAAAGGAGGUUAUGGUGCUAUACCACAACAAUCCCAGAGUUUAUGCUAAAGGCGAAACAAACAGAAAAAAGGGCGUCUGCAACAAUAACAUCACACCUGAAAGAGGUAGUUGAGUGUGACAACGAGCUGCUGAAGUUGAGAGAUUUCAACAUUAUAAUUGUACCAAUGAUUGAAAAAAAAAACACUUCUACAUAAUUUGUUUUGCCUUGGAUAACGCAACGGUUGAAGUGGUUGAUAACAUGCAUGAAAGCUUCGCGUACUACAAGAUGACAUCAGGGAAAGGAACAAGUUUUAGAAGUUUAGAAUCGCCUUCUAAAGUGAAACAUUACGUUGUUGAGUAUUUGAAGCAUGUCGGACACCCAGCGGCAUCACGCAUGGUGAACGCAAGUGUGACAAGAAAGAGGCUGGGAUGGGAAACAACUGACAAUUUUAUUGACUGCGGUGUGUUCACAAUGCGACACAUGGAAGCGUAUAAAGGCAGUGACGUUAGCUUUGAAUGUGGUUUUAGUACCAAUAAAGCCGUUCAGAAGAUGCAGCUGAAAAUUUUGAGAAUGAAAAUUGCGACAAAGCUGCUGCUGUCAGACGUAAACGUAUACAAAGGAACCGUUAUGGAGACAGCAAAGGAGAUGAUAAAUGGAAUGAGAGAUGAAAGGGUGUUGAAGCUGUUAAACGAAGAGGCGUCGAAACAAGAACAAUGUUGGAGGAUGCUUAGCAAAUGGAAAACGGAUCAGAAAUAGGCCGUGUGUGUAGGUUACAACUUAUUUCACAUUUCAUGUUGGUUGUUGUUGGUUGUUUGGUUAUACAUUUUACGCGAUUGGUUGGUUAGACGUGGGUAAUUGUUGUUGUGGUGCGGGUUGAUAUCAGUAGGUACUUAGUUAACUUCUUAGUUGACAAUUGCUGUGUGUACUGGUUGAUUUGACAUGCAUAUGUGCAUGGCUAGACGGUUUAUG